AUGUUAGCCUCGUGGACACCCCCCAAUGAUUACCGGAACCGGCCUGUGGCCAUUCUUGGAGCUGGUGUUCUAGGAAGACGGAUUGGAUGCAUCUGGGCCUCUGCUGGCUUUGAUGUGCGGCUGCGGGAUCCAAGUCCGCAACAACGGGAGGAUGGAAUUGCCUACAUUAAGGAGAAUGUCUCCAUCUAUGCUCAGAAGACCGGCAAGAAAGCCGGCGCCGUGCACGCGGUUGAGAGCCUUGAGGAAGCUGUGUCCAAUUGCUGGCUUGUGAUUGAGGCUGUGCCCGAGAAGAUUCAACUGAAGAUUGAUACCUUCGGGGAACUUGACACACUGGCACCAGCAGACUGCAUCUUGGCUUCGAAUUCGUCCUCUUACAAGUCUUCUGAGAUGCUCGAGAAAGUUUCAGAGGUUGGCAAGAGACGGGUCUUGAACAUGCACUACUAUAUGCCUCCACAAAACAUGGUUGUAGAGCUCAUGACUGAUGGUCAUACCGAGGAGAAAAUUUUCUCCUUCAUGACUGAUCGCUGUAAGGAAGCGGCAACUUUGCCUUACGUCGCCAGGAAGCAGUCUACCGGAUUCAUCUUCAACCGGCUUUGGGCGGCUGUCAAGCGAGAGACCUUGACUAUUUUGGCGGAAGGUGUCUCGGCCCCUGAAGAGAUCGACUCUUUGUGGACAGAAAUGUUCGUCAAAGGAGGUGCAACCCCCUGCAGGACCAUGGAUGAUGUUGGUCUCGAUACGGUCGCUUUUAUCGAGUCUCAUUAUGUUGAGGAGCGCGGCCUUUCCCCGGAGAAGACUGUUGACUACCUUCAAGCACGCUAUAUCAACGACGGGAAACUGGGCACAAAAAGUCCACUAGGUGGACUCUACCCGCCCCUACCAUCUGAGGAAAAAUGCCUUUCUAAAGAUCGUCGACUUGUCGUGUUGGACAUUGGCUUGUCUUCCGCCACACCAUCGAUGAAGUCAGGCUCUAUUGUCGAAUUCUCUGCAAAUGGAAAAUUCCAGCACACUCUCGUCGAGAAUCAGUCUUUGCCUGAUGGCCUAGCCGUUGACCCCCAGACCGGUCGGCUGUUUUGGACCAAUAUGGGAAUCCCCGGUAAAGAAGAUGGGAGUGUACUUUCCUACGACCCUGAGACCAAGGUUGUCGACACGGUCGUACCGACGGGUACAAUCAACACACCAAAGCAGCUGGCCCUCGACACUACCUCGAACAAGCUCUACUUCUCCGAUCGUGAAGGCCUUUGUGUUUACCGUUGUAACAUUGAUGGUACUGAACUGGAAAAGAUCGUGCAGGCUGGAAACCCGCAGAACUCUGAGAACGCCCAGGAUGCUAGAAAUUGGUGCGUCGGUAUUGCUGUUGCUCCAGAACUGGGCAAGUUCUACUGGACACAAAAAGGACCGUCCAAAGGCGGGCAAGGUCGCAUAUUUUGUGCCAAUAUCUCAACCCCAGAGGGCCAGCUUCCUUCAUCGCGGUCUGAUAUCGAGUGUGUCCAGAGUGGGCUUCCAGAGCCCAUUGAUCUUGAAGUUGACGAGUCGAACUGCUGGUUGUACUGGACCGACCGUGGUGAAAUUCCUUUGGGCAAUUCCCUGAAUCGUGUGCGACUUGACAAGUUUGGACGUUGCUCGGUGUCUCAGAAGCCUGAAGUUUUGGCCCGCAACUUCAACGAAACGAUUGGACUGAAACUAGAUGUCGAAAACAACUCGGUCUAUGUGACAGACCUCGGUGGCAGUAUCUAUCGCUGCGACCUGACUGACGAGUCGAAAUCAUUGCUCUAUGCAGAUAGCUCUCGGGCCUUCACCGGGAUUGCCUUCAUUUGA